AUAACCAGAUUGAAGCCGAAGCUCGGAUACAAGACUUCUUACCAUUGGUUCAAACAAAUUGCUCAAGUCUGCUCAAAUUUUUCUUAUGCUCGCUGUAUGCGCCAAUGUGCACGGAGAUGGUCGGUGAAGCACUCACUAUCCCAGCUUGCCGCUCCAUGUGUCUUCAGGUGAAAGCCAAAUGCGAGCCCCUGCUGAAGACUUUCAACUUCGAAUGGCCGGAGAUGCUGGCCUGCGAUAAGCUUCCAGAGAAAUCGGAUCCGAGAAAUAAUUUAUGCAUGGCAGCACCGAAUGUAACCGAAGAUCCAGAUAGUGCGGCUGGUUCUCUGGUAAGGACUGGAAUAGAGGAACCGGAUAUGAGUAAAUUUCUGAAGACGACCCUUAUUGAUAAAAUUCACAAAAACCCUUGGGCGAUUCUUCCGGCGACGACUGAUAAAUCCAAGGGUUCACAGACGAUGAUUGAUCCCUGCCCGCCAAGGUUUGUUCACGUGGACAAUGUUCCGAGAUCUGACAACACUUGUGCUCCGCGAUGCGAUGUGGAUGUUCUGUUUCGUCAAGAGGACAAGAACUUUGCUGAUGUUUGGAUGAUCGUCUGGUCGGCCUUGUGCUGCUUCUCCACUUUACUAACGGUAACAACGUUUGCUGUGGAUUCUUCCAGGUUCAAGUACCCAGAAAGACCGAUAAUUUUCCUAUCUGUUUGUUAUUUAAUUCAGUCAGCUGCCUAUAUUAUCCGAGCAUCCACGGGUGCAGAUGCCGUCUCGUGCGACACUGCCCGAGAUGGCCGGCCCUUUGUGAUUCAGGAAGGAUUAGAAAGCACUUGGUGUAUCAUCGUUUUUCUUCUGCUGUACUUUUUUGGCAUGGCGUCCGCUAUCUGGUGGGUCAUUUUGACCAUCACCUGGUUUCUCGCAGCUGGUCGCAAGUGGGGCCAAGAAGCCAUAGAAGCUCUAUCCAGCUACUUCCAUCUGGCAGCUUGGGCCAUCCCUGCUGUCAAAACUAUCGUCAUUCUAACCAUGCGACGCGUGGACGGUGAUGAACUAACCGGAUUAUGUUACGUUGGAAAUCAAGACCCGAACGCCCUGACAUCAUUUGUUCUAGUUCCUCUCAUUGUGUAUCUCAGUAUCGGAUUCAUCUUCAUCUUUGCCGGUUUUGCAGCAAUGAUGAGAAUAAGAAGCAAUCUGAAACAAGAAGGCGGUAACGCGAACAUCCGCAAACUAGAAAAACUUAUGGCGCGAAUUGGAGUAUUUUCAAUUCUCUACACGGUUCCAGCAGCCUGUGUCAUCGGAUGCCAUUUUUACGAGCGGAUAAACUUUAAACGCUGGCGGAAACAAGCGAUGAGUCUACCUUGUAGUUUAGGCUCGACUGCACAGUCAACGCCACCAGCUAAUCCCCACGACUGUCCUCUGGAACAUUCUAUACCCACAGUGGAAAUCUACAUGUUAAAACUCUUUAUGUCCCUAGUUAUCGGCAUCACCAGUGGUAUGUGGAUCUGGAGCGGCAAGACCUUGGCUUCAUGGAAGACCUUCUGUUCCAGAAGGUUUUCCAGAAGGAAAACCCACAACUUCAACGCCGACUACCACCCGGCUCCAGUGAUUUUAAUGAAGAACAGUCAGCAAAGCACCUCUAAAUCUGGCAGCCAUAGCCUGGCGACGGCGUCCACAAGUACUAAGAUUUUGGUAGCAAGAGUAUGA